CCGAGGAACUGCAUUUCCAGACUGUGAAACGCUUUAAAUAUAAAAUAUAACGUUACCACAUUAAUUUGGGACAGUGAGGCAGACUCUGGUAAAACAUAAUAUAAUAUAACAUGAUAAAUUAAAAUAACACAUCGACAAAAACAUGAGCUCUACUGAGUAUGCGCAAGUGUUGCGCAGAAGACUCGCACGAAGACAAACAAACCACUUCCUCGAAGUUGAUGCUCAUAUGACCAGAGCACAGCAGUGAGAGUGAUGUCUACUCAAACUUUGGCUUUCUUUUGUGUAAUAAUAUGUUUCUCCUGGACAGAGAAGGCGUUCGCUGGUUCAUCUCCAAACAUAAUCAUCAUGCUCAUGGAUGACAUGGGUUGGGGGGACUUGGGGGUGUUUGGCCAGCCCUCUAAGGAGACCCCCAACCUGGAUGCCAUGGCUGCUGAAGGCAUGUUGCUUCCAGACUUCUACACUGCAAACCCGCUCUGUUCCCCAUCCAGAGCUGCACUUCUCACUGGGAGGCUGCCUGUUCGAAAUGGUUUCUACACCACUAAUGCCCACGCCAGAAAUGCAUACACACCACAGGAGAUAGUUGGAGGAAUCUCCAAGGAUGAGAUCUUGUUACCGCAGAUGCUGAAGAGAAAAGGCUAUAUCAGCAAGAUAGUUGGCAAGUGGCAUCUUGGCCACCGACCACAGUACCUUCCUCUGGAGAAUGGCUUUGAUGAAUGGUUCGGUGCCCCAAACUGCCACUUUGGUCCCUACAACAGCAGCAUCAGACCCAACAUCCCUGUCUACAAUAACUCUGAGAUGGUUGGCAGAUACUAUGAGGAAUUUCAGAUUGACAGGAAGACUGGAGAGUCCAACCUCACACAGAUCUACUUGCAGGAAGGCCUCAACUUCAUACUCCGGCAGACUAAGGCCCAAAAGCCGUUCUUCCUAUACUGGGCAGCUGAUGCCACUCAUGCCCCUGUCUACGCCUCCAAGCACUUCCUAGGAAAGAGCCAGCGAGGCCGGUAUGGAGAUGCAGUGAUGGAGCUGGACUACAGCAUUGGUCAGAUCUUGUCACAUCUUCGGACUCUGGGCAUCGAAAAUAAUACCUUUGUCUUCUUCACUUCAGACAAUGGAGCUGCUCUUACGUCUGGCCCAAAUGAGAGUGGUAGUAAUGGGCCAUUCCUUUGCGGAAAGGAGACCACCUAUGAAGGGGGCAUGAGGGAGCCAGCAAUUGCCUGGUGGCCUGGUCACAUCAAAGAAGGCACGGUGAAUUUCCAACUAGCCAAUGUGAUGGACCUAUUCACCACCAGUCUGGCUCUGGCUGGCGUUAGCCCUCCUGAUGACCGAACCCUGGAUGGACUAGACUUGACGCAUGUCCUGCUUAACCACUCACAGACACUGGAAAGCAGACCAAUCUUUUAUUACCGUGGGAAUGAGCUGAUGGCUGUGAGGCUUGGACAGUACAAGGCGCACUACUGGACCUGGAGCAACUCAUGGGAUGAGUUAAAACAGGGUAUCAACUUCUGUCCAGGUCAAGAAGUCCCAGGUGUGACUACUCACGAUCAGAAGGAGCACACACUGCAGCCACUCAUUUUCCACCUGGGGCGGGAUCCUGGGGAAAAGUUCCCUAUCAGUGUUUUGACGAAGGAGUACCGUGAUGUUCUGCGCAGGAUCUCGCCAGUUGUGGAGCUGCACAAAAAGACUCUGCUGCCUGGCAUCCCCCAGCUCAACAUGUGUGAUAUAGCUGUGAUGAAUUGGGCCCCUGCAGGCUGCGAGAAGUUAGGAAAGUGUCUCAAAGUGCCAAAAUCUGCUCCCUGGAAGUGUGACUGGCCUCACUAAGAGCAAAACUGCUGAGCCAGACAUGAAGAUGAGGAAGCAAAACCUAAAGAUGUGCCUUGCAACAGACCUACAAAUGCCUUAUUUAAAAGAAAAUGUUUUAAAUUAUGUGUAAAAUGAUUUAUGUACAAUGUUGAAGAGAUUGCUGUGGAAUACAAUCAAGGGAAUUACAGUAUGUUUGUAUGCUAAAAUUACACUGAUUGCACUACAUUGCAAAUUUUAAAUUCUACUUUGUUAUAAACUGUGAUUUUGAUGAGCUGUGAUCUGGAAACACACACUGCAUCAAGUUAUAGUUAGUGGUUUAAGUCAUGAAACAUUUAAGUGAUGUUGAGCAGGCAAUGAAAUGUUUACUUUUCAUCAGACGGUAUAUAUUAUACAGAUUGAUUUUUGGAUUCACUCUGAUUAAUUGGAUAAAUUCUGUAU